AUGCCAGGCAUUCUUCUCUCCCCAGUCAGCACUGCGGGCGCAAUUGCAGGUCCAGGUCCAGGCAUGAAGAGGGCGCACGCGGCGGAGGCGGUACCGGCGUAUGGACAGCCACAUCCCAAGAAGCGGAAAAUCCAGCACCAGCUCCGUUACACGCAACCAGUCCAGCAUAUUGUCGACCCCGUCAGCGCCGAAUCGGGCGAUUUUGGCGACUGCAAGGACUUCUUCGACCAUCAAUUGCGCCGCGCUAUUGCAAUACAAUGUCGGGGCAUUGGCUUCGAGAGCGCCCAGCAGGAUGCGCUCGACGAGUUUCGCGGCCUGGUAGAUGCCUAUAUGACACGAUUGCUCGCUCAGGUUCGCAAAUCCAUGGCCAGCUCCCGCCGCACAGAAAUGGUUCCCCACGAUUGGAUCUAUGCCCUUACCACAACGGGGUUACGCGGCUCCUCGACCCUCGAUCCGCAUCUCGAUACCGGGGAACUGCCUCCGGCCCUCCUGCAGCCGCCCUUCGACCCGCCCGCACCGCCAGAGGCUCCUCCGCCUGACACGGAGGCUCUCCUUGGCUCUAUUUUGUCUGGCAAGGCCGACAAGGAAACGCGCGCGUACAUUCCCAAGCACUUUCCCGCCUUCCCAUCCAAGCACACGUACAAAGCCACGCCCGUUUUCACUGAACGCGAAAAUGACCCUCGCAAGAUCCGUGAGAAGGCGACCGAGGAAGGCAUAUUGGCAGAGCAAAGCUUGCGGAAACUAAUGGCUGCGCAAAAGGCCGGCAUACAAAAGCGAAAUGUCGGCAAGCGGAAAAGAAGCAAGCGUAUGAAAGAGAGCGACAGCCUCUGGCAAGAAGCCAUGGCUGACUUGUUUGCUGAGGAGAGUGCGCGAGACAAGGAAGACCAACAGCGGCGAGCUCAGAUAGCAGACGAUGAUGGGGCAUGGGACGCACCUGUUGAGCCUCCAACACGAUCGGCCGUGGAUCGAAAUGUUAAUCUAGAGGAGGGUCUCCACGUCAAUUAUGAGCAAAAGUUUUGGAGGAAGUCUGCGAGAGGCAGUUCAUGA